AUGGGGAUGGAGUACUACUUGUCUAGAGAUUUGCCCAAGCUGGUCACCAACAACAUCGACCAAUGCUUGCUCGAAAUGUUCGAACCAUUUGGUGUUGAUGAUUGGAACAAAUUGUUCUACACGGUUCACACCGUUGCUCCGGCCAUUCUCAAAGGUAUGGAAGAGAAACUUGGGUUGACAAGUGAGAAGCUUGGAGCGAGUUUGUAUGUGCUAAGUGAAUAUAGAAACAUGGGGUCUGCAAGUGCGUUGUUUGCUCUCGAUGCGUUGCGGAGGAAGUCGAUGGAUGACGGCAAAUCUACCACCGGUGAAGGGCUGGAGUUGGGUGUGCUCUUAGGGUUUGGGCCAAGUCUCACGGUGGAGACGGUGGGGCUUUGGAGCUUUGCUUUGGAAUAG